AUGGCACGGCCCAGAGACAGUGGCGCUGUCGCGUAUACACCCCUGUCGGCCCCUGAUAACGCUCACAGCCAGACUCAAGAUGAAUCCACAGUUGCGAACAAACGGACCUCUAUAUGGGCCCGACUCGGGACCGUUCACAUCCUUAUUUUGGUCCUUGGCUCAAUCAUGCUUAUCUUGCCAGUCCUACCUUUGGCCUGGCUUUGGGCCGAGUCCAUGGCAGCAGCCGCAGGGCAAGAACCAAGCAGAGCUUGGAUCGCGGUCAUCAGAGCAAACUGGACCGCGCGGAUCGUCACCAUCUGCACGGCCAUUCUACGUACGGUGGUUACAACCCAGGCCAGCGUGACGACCGCGAUGUUUGCCGGCAUUAUUAUAGAGCGGGUCGGCGCUCCCCUAGUGGAUGGGCCAUUCUAUUCCAUUACGCGCGCUCUAAGUGGGAGCCCGAGUAAUUUUCUAUGGACCUCGAGUCUGCCGUUGCGCGGAACCGGCCUCUCGGUCGUGAUCGUUACCCUCAUUCUCUUGGAAGUGUCGGUGACUAUGGCCGUGCAGCUCCUCUCCACCCUUCUCCUGGCUGACUUCGGGAAUGGCGCAUUUACUGGACCCAGUAACGCGACUAAUGUCCGGAUCCUGAAUGAUUACGGAGGGACGACACUCAGCCAGCCGUGGUGGUCAAUGCCUCCGGCGGCCGGUUGGACGUUUGCCGAGCAAUCGGAACCGUCUGUAACUGGGCCCAAGUUUGAUGAUACAGGUCACACGUACCGCGCCUUCCUACCUUAUCCAGAGGUGGCGCAGCGGACAUCGAUACGCCAUUUGCGGGGCCCAGUCACAAUCAUUGAUCAACGGGUUGUCUGUGUGCAACCUACACUCCGUGAGCUUCGCCUCGACGCGCUCAACAUAGGCUACCCGCGUCUUUCGGGACAGAUUGCCAUCGCUAAUAGCACGUAUCCAAUGUUACAGAUGACGGAGAGUCAGCCCUACCUCCCGUUUACGUGCGCGUUGACCAGCCUGUUUACGAACUUUACCCGGGCGCAAGCACAGACGAGCUUAUGUUGGCCGAACGAUGGCGCGGGCUGGAAUGUCUCGGUGGAAGGCCGCCUGGUGCCACCCUUAGCCCUCAUCAAUGACUCAUCAUUGGACGCCUAUGUAGAUGCAUCCGCGAUGUUUAUGCUUCUAGACAUCGUCUCCUCGGCGGCCAUCCGACGCGGCGUGACGCAAGAAGUCCACAGCGUUGGGAACAACGGCAGUACUAGUAGUCCCUGGGUGAUGCUCGGAAACGGGGCCGAUCCCCCUUCGGUGCGGGUGACGGCCUGUAUGACCAAUCUCGAUGUAGAGAUGUUCACCGCGGGCCUGGACAGCAAGUGGGAGGGGUCGGAGCCCACCAUGUCCUGGGACCGCUCUACGGAGCACUACAACACUGCAACUACGCUUACCCAGCUGGGUGCUAUCCACCCCCGUCAACCACUAGACCACCGGGGCGUGCUCGCUCUCACCCCCCGCUCGGACUGGCAAUCCUUCUCCAGUUCAGGGAACGUCUCCGCUUACCAGCACUACGUCGUGAAUACCCAGCUCUUGGCGGAUGCCGUCGUCGGCAGUCUGCUAACCCCGCAGACGGCAGGCGUGGACUUCACGCCGGAGCAUCGCAACCAGAUGGUCAGCGCGGGCGUCAUUUUCUCCCCGUGGGCAAGCGCUGAUUACAAAGCGCACGACGCGCAUAUCGAUUUGUUCCAGGACACUCUGAACCAGACGCAGAGCCCCGCCAUGGCCCUACAAGCGCUCCUCACGCGCAUCUGCCAGAUGGCCUAUUACGAUAUGCUGCAGCGAAUCGACGAGAGCAAGGUUGCCGAGGCCACCUUCUCGGACGCGGCGGUGUUCCCGACUCAAUGGACGGGAUUCGGGGUAGGGAUGGGGUUGUUGCUGGUCCACUGGGUGGUGGUGGCCAUCGUCGUGGGCUUGUUUGCACGCUACACGCGCCAUUCUUUGUUAGGGAAUCAUUGGCAGGCGGUUUCACAGGUGUACUCGGAGGACACGGCGGCGAUUCUGGAGAAGGCGGAUCGAAUGAAUGAUCGGGACGUCAAGCGUUGGGUCAAGAGCAAAGGGCACAGGGGAAAGCUAUAUAGCUUUGCUCGUGAUGAAGGUGAGGGGCGGGUGGCACUGAGGGUAAACCGCCCGGAUUUACCCUUCAAAUAG